UAGAUGUGAAUGUAGUUCAGGGAGGAAGCUCUUGGCAAAAUCUGGCUAACGAGCCAGUUACAAUAAUUAUAUCAUAAGCUGGCAUGGAGAACAAGACAAAUGGCUCAGUGGACACCAAAAACCUGCUGGAGAAUGGACAGUUUCCCGACCCUGCUGACUGGGCUGUGGCGGACGUGGUGGAUUACUUCAAAGCUGCAGGCUUCGAGGAGCAAGCCACUGCUUUCCAGGAUCAGGAAAUCGAUGGCAAGUCCUUACUCCUCAUGACACGCAACGAUGUCCUUACGGGGCUCUCAAUAAAGCUGGGGCCAGCUCUGAAGAUCUAUGAAUAUCAUGUGAAACCCCUCCAAACACAGCACCUGAAAAAUAACACAUCAUAGUGCUAUGUGCUCCUGCCGAUGCCAGAACGACAAUCACUGAGGACUCCUUUGGACGGGCCACUUGCGUAUUAUGCAAUUUUACUUGAAGCAAUGAGAGGAAGUCCGUCAUAUGCUUUCUGUCCAGUUACAGUUUUGGAGUGGCUUGGAAUAUACAGGUACAGGAUUUUACUAACAUAUUUUUGUCUUUCUGACCGUACCUUUUUCUGCUCUGUAAAACUGAAUGCUGUACUUUGGAAGCAUAAAUCUUACAGGAUUUUUUUGUUUACUUCCUUUGUCAUAUUGUUGGCCAUGGAAGUUAAAAGUAAUUUGCCACCCAGUGCUUUUUGCAUAAAUCCUGAAAAGACUCUGGAGAUUCUUAAAUGAGUUGGAUUGGACUAUGAAGAAAUGGAUGGAUGGUUAACCACUGGCCAAUGUUGUCAAAAACACAGCAACCGUGUAACAUUUUUACUUGGUUUACAGAGAUCACUGAUGGCUUUCUACAAGGUUUACUUUUGUGUUAAAUCCCAUUAAGAAAUUUUGUAUAUAUUGGAUGAAGAGGUGAGAAGAACCCUAGACAACUGUCAGAGCUGUGGGAAAUACAUUCAGUAUCACUCAUUUGCCCUCAUUAUGUUUCCUUUUGUUCUAAAAAGGGAAAAGUAAUUUGUCAAAAUAAGAAACUGGAACGUGAAAUGGAAACAUAUGAACAUCUGUUGUUAAAGCUCCCAUGUUCAGGCAGAGGCAGUGUGUCUAGUAGUUGCUAAUAAAUACACUGCUUUUGAAUUUAGGCUGCCAGAUUUCAGCAGAGAAGGAUUUUUUUUUUUUUUUUUUUGAAUAGCUUGAAGGGUAUAUCCCACAAGAAGAUAUCUCCUGCAUGUGUUUCAUUACAAUGUAACUCAGGCUGUAAGGACUCUGGCUUUAUAAAUCUGUUCAAGCCUAUGUGUUCAAGGUUUGAAAUGUGCAGGUAUACAAAUGGUGCUCAUUCUGACCAUCGUCAGGAUAGUUUUACCAAUCUGCCAACCUUUGUGUAUAGCCUAUCCUAUCCUGUUGUUCUUGCAUUAAAUGGUUGAGGGUGUUUUGUCAUCUUCCUCAGUAUCUCCAGCUGCACAUUGUUUUGUCUUGUGAAGUGUGAUUGAUUGCACAGACAUUGUGGUGAUGUCACACCUUUCCCCCUGUGGAAUGAUCCCCUCACAUACGCCAUGCUGGACAGAGGGGAUUUUCCUUUUUCCGCCCCUGUGUAGGAGAAUCUGCUGUGAUGGGUAGUGUUUUCCUUCAAGCACCAAUGUUCUGUAUUGGUGCACUGCUAGCUGAGCAAAGGUUUACAAAUCUUCCCUUUUUUAACCGUGCAUUUGAACAGUGUUGAUAGUUUACUGUAUUGUACAGGUUUACUGAUGCUUCUGCUUUUCCUUUGCUUGUGUGGAUGACAGGUUGCUAUCUGGGGGACUUCAAGAGAACCUAAUUCUCUUUAGCACUUAAAAUCUCAGCUGUUGAAUCUGAUUUGCAUUGUUAUGAGAAUCAGUAACUGUAUGUUGUCUGUAACAAUUAAUGCUGUCUGUGAAAAUGAGUUUGGGGAGAGGGCACGGGUGGCUUACUGAACA